AUGGUUUUCUAUUUCAAGGCCCGGCCCGAGGCUGGAGACUACACCAUCUUCAUGGGAAUAGACAAGUACGAAAACGAGGAGCUUAUCAAAUACGGCUUCCCUGAAGAUAUCUGGUUCCAUGUGGAUAAAAUGUCUUCUGCCCAUGUUUAUCUGAGACUGCAGAAGGGCCAAACCAUUGAUGAUAUACCUGAAGGCGUAUUGGAAGACUGUGCCCAGCUAGUCAAAGCAAAUUCUAUCCAAGGAAACAAAGCGAACAACAUCGAUGUUGUUUACACUCCCUGGCAAAAUCUGAAGAAAACGCCCUCAAUGGAUGUUGGGCAAGUUGGUUUUCACACGUCAAAAACAGUUCGGACUGUGAGAGUGGAAAAACGGAUAAAUGAGAUAGUUAACCGGCUAAACAAGACAAAGGUUGAGAGACAUCCGGAUCUAAAAGCUGAAAGGGAGGCAGUUUCUGCAGCCGAGAAAGCAGAAAGGAAGCAGCUGAUGAGAGACAAAAAACGGCGUGAAGAAUUGGAAAGGCUCGAAAAGGAGAAACAAGCCGAGUUAAGAAGCUACAAGAAUCUCAUGGUGGCAGAUAAGAUGACAUCCAACAAGGACAUAGCAUCCACCAACAAAUCACUACAGGAGCUCGAAGAAGACUUCAUGUGA